AUGUUUGGUGAUUUAAAAAAUAUCUACAAAUUUGCUUUUCAAGAACGUAUUCUUACAAUGGUUGAUUUUUCUGGAAAUCCAGAAGGUUUAAUAAAAGAAGGAAAUAAUCCUUUAUAUAGAAAAAUUGGAACAAAAUUAUUUCCAUCACUUUGUAGUAAAGAAUCUAUUGAAAGUAGUAAAAAAAUGAUAACUAGAAAUGAUGAUAUAUUUGUUGCAUCAUAUCCAAAGUCAGGAAAUACAUGGUGUAGGCAUAUUGUACUACAAUUAAUUAAUGAUGAUUAUUUUAGUGGUUUAGUUGAUCAAUUUUAUGAAUCACCUAUAAUUGAAUGUUUUGGUGGUGAUAUUUUAGAAUUAUUACCAUCACCACGUGUAUUAAAAACUCAUUUUGAUUAUGAUGAUAUACCUAAGGGUGAUGGAGUUAAAUAUAUAUUUACUAUACGUAACCCAAAAGAUGUGAUUGUUAGUUAUUAUCAUCAUCAUAAAAAUUUUGAACACUAUCAAUUUUCGGAAGGAGACUUUAAUUUGUUUUUCAAUCUUUUUAUGAAUGGAAAAACAGAAUAUGGUUGUUAUUUUGAAUACUUAAAAGGAUGGCUUCCACACAUUAAUAAUAGUAAUAUACUAUUUAUUAAAUAUGAAGAUAUGUCUAAAAAUUUAGAAGGUUAUAUUAAAAAAAUAGGUAAUUUUAUUGGAGGAAAAGCAAUUGAUAGUUUAAAUAAUGACAAAAAAUUAAAACAAAUUAUUGAAAAUAGUAAAUUAGAUAGUAUGCAAAAAGGUGUACCACAAAUAGUUAUUGAAACAACAAUGAAUCCAAAAUUCUUUAGAAAAGGUUGUUCAAGAGAUUGGAAAAAUUAUUUUACAAAAGAACAAUCUGAUAUUGUUGAUAAAAAAUUUAAUGAAUAUUUUGGGAAUACGGAUGUUAGCAAUUGGUGGAUUAAGGAAUUAUCAUGGGAAUAG